GAAGAAUAAUCCACUCUCCUGGACUAUUGUUGCUGGGGACCAUGACAGAACCCUGAAGGAAUCAACUGAGCAGGUGAGAAGGGCCAAACGCAUAAUAGUGCAUGAAGACUUUAAUACACUAAGCUAUGACUCUGACAUCGCCUUAAUACAGCUGAACUCUCCUCUGGAGUACAACUCAGUGGUGAGGCCGGUGUGCCUCCCACACAGCAUGGAGCCUCUGUUUUCCUCGGAGAUCUGUGCUGUGACCGGAUGGGGAAGCACCAGUGAAGGUGGCAGCCUAGCAAGCCGCUUACAGCAGAUUCAAGUGCCUAUAUUAGAAAGAGAAUCCUGUGAACGCAAUUACUAUUCUGCUCACCCAGGAGGCAUCACAGAGAAGAUGAUCUGUGCUGGCUUUGCAGCGUCUGGAGACAAAAAUUUCUGUCAGGGAGACUCGGGUGGGCCAUUAGUAUGCAGACAUGAAAAUGGUCCCUUUGUCCUCUAUGGCAUUGUCAGCUGGGGAGCUGGCUGUGUCCAACCAUGGAAGCCAGGUAUAUUUGCCAGGGUGAGGGUCUUCUUGGACUGGAUCCAAUCCAGAAUCAAAGGUCCUGUUUCAUUUCAGACAAAUAAUAAAAGAGAAACCUUAAAACAACAGUUGCCACCACCCACACCUUCACCAGAUGGUGCAUCUGGGCCAGGCUGUUGCUCUGAAGUGAUGCUAGAAGAAUCCAGAGAAUUUUCUUCAACUCCAAGAUACCCACUGGAUUAUAGGGGAAAACUGGAAUGUUCUUGGGUGCUUAGAGUUUCACCACGCAGUAUGGCAAAACUGACCAUGGAGUAUCUGUCACUCCCUGUGUCUCAUGUGUGUCAAAACUUAGUCCUGACUAUUUAUGAAGAAGGCCACCGUGAGAGAAAGGUGUCAGGUGGAUUAUGUGGGAGAAGUCUUUCUCCAGUGAUUUUCAUAAGCCCUGGACCACUAAUAAGGGUGACAUUUCAUUCCCUUGUGCAAGGUGCAUUUGGCAUGAACUAUAUUGUCUUCAAAGUCCAGGGUCCGAAGGACAGUAAAAUAACUAUACCUCCCCAGAGGUCAACCCAAGAGCAUGUGCUCACUUGUGAGGAUGUUCUUCUGACCAAGCCAGCAGGAAUCAUUCACUUCCCAAGAUAUUCUCACAGAACCACUAUGAGUUACCAAUGGAGGUUAGUUGCCCCUUUAAAUCACAUCAUUCGCCUUGACAUUGUCAACUUCCAGAUGAAGCCAACAUCUUUGACCUGUUCCUGUGGGUUUAUAGGAUUUGGACCAGGCAAAAAAUGAAUAGCCUCAUUAGCUGGAACCCUUCAAAUUAUGACAAAAGACUGAUUAAAAAGAGAAAAACAAAAGUUUAUUGACACUUGUAUCAUUUGUGUCCUUGAGUGGGUAUUCCUGGACCCCACUCAGCAGAUAUUGUACAGGAACGUGAUGUUAGAGAACCACAGAAACCUGGUUUUUCUAGGACAUGCUGUCUCUAAGCCAGACCUGAUCACCUGUCUGGAGCAAAGGAAAGAGCCCUGGGAAAUGAAGAAACACAACGCAUCAGGAUUUGGUGGAUAUAAGACUACGCAUACUGGAGAGAAACCCUACAAAUGUGCAGAAUGUGGCAAAGCCUUUCCUCGAAAAUCCAUACUAGAGAGAAACGCUACAAAUGUGAAGAAUGUGGCAAAGCCUUUACUCAGUAAUCAAGGGUUAUUGAACAUCAGAGAAUCCAUACUGGAAAGAAAACUUACAAAUGUGAAGAAUGUGGUUAAGCCUUUCACUCUCAUGAAGUAUUUACUGGACAUAAGACCAUCCAUACUGGAGAGAAAUCCGACAAAUGUGCAGAAUGUGGCAAGGCCUUUAGUCAGAACACAAGGGUUAUUGAACAUCAGAGAAUCCAUACUGGAGAGAAAACCUGCAAAUGUGAAGAAUGUGGCAAAGCCUUUUGCUUGCAUAAAGGAUUUACUAGACAUAAGACGAUCCAUACUGGAGAAAAAUGAUACAAAUGAUUUGCUAUACAUAGGAGGAUCCAUACUGGACAGAAUCCGCAAAAACAUGAAGAAUGUGGCACAACCUUUUGUUCUCAUAAAGUAUUUGCUGAAUGUAAGACCAUCCAUACUGGAGGGAAAAUCCUACAAAUGUGAAGAAUGUGGCAAAGCCUUUCACUCUCCCAAUGGACUUGCUGGACAUAUGAUCAUUCACACCGGAGAGAAACUGUACAAAUGUGAAAAAUGUGGGAUAACAGUAGAAAAUAAUACAGGGAUUUGGCCAACCCAAGACAAAUGUGGAAUUCCAGUUGUUGACCCAUUUCUAGUGGAAAAGUCUGAGAAAAAUACAAAUGCCAAGGGAGAUUCUGGAGGACCGCUGCAGUGUACCUGGGAUGGGAACUAUAAGCUUAUUGGCAUUCUGAGAUGGGACAACAGUAACUGUCCUCCCACGGCACCAACUAUCUUCACAAGAGUUUCUGCCUACGGAUAUUGGAUCACAUCUGUUACUGAAGGAGAAGUGUAA